AUGUCUAGAGUCAAAAGAAUUGCAAAAGAAUUAGAGGAAUGUCGUCAAGAUAAACAAUCAGGAGUUAAACUUGAAUUAAAUAGUGAAUCAGAUUUAACUAAAUUAACUGGAUUUUUUAAAGGUCCUCCUGGUACACCAUAUGAAAAUGGAUUAUUUCAAGUAUCAAUAGAUAUUCCUCAAGAAUAUCCUUUUAAACCACCAAAAAUGAAAUUUACCACCAAAAUUUAUCAUCCAAAUAUUUCAUCAGUAACAGGUGCAAUAUGUCUUAAUAUUUUAAAAGAUAAAUGGACUCCAGUACUUACUUUAAAAUCAACUUUAAUUUCUUUACAAUUAUUAUUACAAUCUCCUGAACCAAAUGAUCCUCAAGAUGCAGAAGUUGCAAAACACUAUUUAAGUAAUAAAUCAGGUUUUGAAGAAACUGCUGCUUAUUGGACAAAAUUAUAUGCAAAUGAUGAUUCAACCACCAAAAAUGGAGAUGGAAAUGAUAAAAUUGAAUUAAAUGAUUGUGCAUUAUAUGGAAUUGAUGAUGAAAUCGUUACACAAUUUGAAAAUAUGGGUUUCCCAAGAGAUAAAAGUAUUGAAGUUUUAAGAAGAAUGGGUAUAAAAAGUUUUAAAAAUUUAAAUAAUAAAUCAGAAGUUGAAAAUAAAAUUUUAGAAGAAUUACUAAAAGAAUAA